AUGCCGCCGCACGUCGCGGAGUCUCCGGCAAAGAAGCAGAGCAAGUGGUCGCCGGAGGAGGAUGCGCUAAUCAUCGAGCUUCGGGGGAGCGGGAUGAAGUGGGAGGACAUUUCGAAACGCCUGCCGGGACGGAGUGCCAUCAGCUGUCGACUUCAUUACCAGAACUACCUUGAGAGACGAAGCGAAUGGGACGAGGAGCGCAAGAACAAGCUCGCACGGUUGUACGAGAGAUUCAAACCGGAGAUGUGGGCGAAAGUUGCAGAGGAGAUGGCAGUUCCUUGGCGUGCUGCGGAAGCUAUGCACUGGCAGCUGGGCGAAGCGGACAUGGCCCGGCGUGCUGGCGUGGUGCCUUUCUCCCUCACAGCGGUCAACGUCGAUCAACCAGGCGGCAGCCACCGACACUCGCCCUCUCGCGGCCACAUGCACUCGCAAUCCCAGGGCAGUUUACCUCGGGACAUUGGCGGACCUUCCCCACGAUACAGCCGACCGCCUCCCGGCAUAUCACCGAUCCCCGGCGGCCGAGUCAUUGCUGCCAGGCGUGAGAGCAUUCCUGGACGGCCACCUAUGGGUCCGGAUCCGAACGAGGGCGUACAACUGGCGGGCAUUGGACCGCCGGGCGGCCCCGGCCUGGCUCCGAUCCAAGGCCUGCCGCCGGGCCGAGGUGCAGGGAUGCUUCCGGGAGUAGCCGAACUGACAACCGGCGUGAGCCCGUACAGCACCCCAGCGUACGCGAUGGGCGGCAUGCCUACAGCUAGCCCCGUACCCAGCGCGAGGGCCAGUCCAGGCCCGCUGCUGCCAGCCCUCCACUACCCUCCUCACGAGCCUGCCGGCUCCAAGAGAAGAGCGAGCCCAGGUACCGAGAUGGGCGCACGAGAGACGAGCCGACGACGGCACUUGGAUCCUCGUCAGGAGGAGAUGGAAAGGCGACGUAUGGCAUGA